UCGGGGGCGGAGACCUUCGGGCCUGGAGGCUGCAACGGCGAGAACUGCUGCGGGGUGGCAGUGGGGGUCACAGCGCAGCGCGGGCAGGGACGCGGGAGCGUCCGGCGGGCUUCGGUGAGGCGGCGCGCCCUUUGGCGCUCGGGUGCUCUAGGCACUCCGGGUGGUCGGCGGGCCGAGAGCCGGCGCGUGGGGUCCACUCAAGCCCGGGGCCCGCUCGGAACGGCUGCUCGGAGCGGUGACUCGGGGUCUCGGGACGUGCAAGGUUUGGCCCGGACCCUCUGUGUGCUUUGGAAGCGGAGCCUCUGCGCCCCUGCAGGGUCUCUCCCAGAAGUCUCGGCGCGAUGAAGCCUGCAGCAGCUCGCCGCGUCGUCCUGUGCUCCUUCUGCCUGGCCUUCUGCUCCCUUUGUUGCGCGCAGGAGCUCUGGAGGAGUGGCGACCACGAGUGGAAAAAGCUGAUUAUGGUUCACCACUGGCCUACGACCGUGUGCAAGGAGGUCACGAACGACUGCAGAAGCCCCCCGGAUUACUGGACGAUACACGGACUCUGGGCUGACAAAGCAGAAGCAUGCAACCGCUCCUGGCACUUCAAUUUUAACGAGAUUAAGGAUCUUUUGCAAGAAAUGUAUAUGUACUGGCCUGAUGUCCUCCACUCGCCUGCCAAUCGCAGCUCUUUCUGGAAGCACGAGUGGGAGAAGCACGGGACCUGUGUCGCCCAGCUGGAGGCCCUCAACUCCCAGCAGAAGUACUUCAGCAAGGGCCUGGACCUGUACAAGGGGCUCGCCCUGAACAGCGUGCUCCUGAAGUUGGGGAUUCGGCCGUCCGGCAAUUACUACCAGAUUUCAGAUAUCAAAGACGCCCUUGCCAGCUUGUACGGAGUCGUACCUAAAGUCCAGUGUCUUCCGCCAGAGCAGGAUGAGGAGGUGCAGACCCUCGGCCAGAUCGAGCUCUGCUUCACGAAGGACCUGCAGCUGCGCAACUGCACGGAGCCCGGGGACCCGUGGGAGCCCAGGGGCGGCAGGGGGCGUGUGCUGCUGGAGGGGGCGCCGCGGGGCUUGGAGGUCUGCGAGGACGGCCCGGUGUUCUACCCCCCGCCCCCCGAGGGUGGGCACUGAGGCCCGCACCCAGCAGUGUGCCCGUUUGAAGCGCAGGAGGCCGCCACAGAGCACAGCCCGGCCUGUGUUCACAGCGGCCUCCGUCCAGCCUGUUUUGUUCUGCUUCUCACGUCGAGUCGAGAGUGGAGUUUUGUCGUGCGUGGAAUAAACCACGUUUUCUCUUUUUC